GGGGACAGCAUGACCCGCCGCGAUCGCCUCAUGAAGGGGAGACCCCAGAGGCAGCCGGAGGCCGGGGGAGGCUCCCGGGCGGGUUACGUCCUCGCUAGACCAAGCGUUGUCCUGAUGCUGGAAAGGGGAGCUCAGCCCUGCGUGAGCAACAGCAAGAAUGGCAUGGCCAGCGACCCGCUGAGCAGCGACGGUGCAGACCCACAAGUUCUGAAGGAGAACACCAAGGCACCUUCGCCCACAGCCCUGUCUUCACCCCCCGCCACGGAGUCCCCCAAGCCUGCCCGGCCUCGCCGCCCCCGGCCUCCUGCCGUGCUGCCCUCGGAGCGCCCGUACCAGUGCAAAGACUGCGGCAAGCGCUUUGUGUACCGCUCCAAGCUGGCCACCCACCAGUGGACCCACUGCGCUGAGCGCCCCUAUAAAUGCCCCGAUUGCCCUAAGAGUUUCAGCUACCCAUCCAAGCUGGCGGCCCACCGCCGUACGCACACAGGCGAGCGGCCGUACCCCUGCUCUCUGUGCCCUAAGCGCUUUGGACACCGCUCCAAACUGGCUGCCCACCAGUGGAUCCACACCCCGGAGCGCCCUUAUAAAUGCGCCGACUGCCCCAAGAGCUUCUGCUACCCAUCCAAGCUGGCGGCUCACCGCCGCACACACACGGGACAGCGUCCUUAUCCCUGCACUCGCUGCGGGAAAAGCUUCUGCUAUCCAUCCAAGCUUGCUGCCCAUCAGCAGAUCCAUGCGGCUGCAGCAGUGGGACGUCCCUACCCAUGCAUGCACUGCAGCAAGAGUUUCCGGCAGCUCCGCAACCUCACACUCCACCAGCGGGUGCAUGAGGGAGCCGAGGUGGAGAGUGACUUAUCUCAAAACAAGAGCCACAGCAACGGGGAGACACCUUAGAGCAGAGCAGUCGGAGACUGGACGAUGGGGGAGAGGUGGUUAAAUUUGAACGCACUAUGGGUGCUGUGGGAUCUUUUUGUAUCUAGCCGAACGUGACAAAGGAGGGAUUUGGAAUUAAACGAAGACGCCCCUCUUGACCCACAGUUCCUUGGCCGUUUGCCUCCCUCUCUGUGGUGCCAUGUCGAAGCCUCCCUCAGAUCAGUUUGUAUAUAGACCACUAAAAAACAAUCCAAGUUCUAUGCUAAGAGAUCCCCAGUUCUGUAUCCAGAUAUUCUGCGACCUGAAUAAUUUAUGCAACUUUGUACAACUGGUUCAUUUUGCUUAAAUAGUUCUCCUUCCAAGGAAUCACACAGAGUGCUGAGAUCCCGCUUUUGCACACACACCGUAACCUGCCACCUCACCUCCUGAAAUCAUUUUCACAAGACAUUUGUUUUUAAAAAAUGACAUUUGUAAAAAAAAAACCCAAAAACGGCAUCGUAAGAA